CUUACACCUGUACUACAUGCAAAAGCCUCAAGUGUGCAACUGAAAUGGUCGAUCAUUUCUGCAGUCGCCUGCAUCAUUUGCAAAACUUGAGAGAGAGAGGUAACCGAGAUGUCAAAGAGUCCGCCAUGGCUACAACAAAGUAGCUCGUGCUGUAGGCUAGGCAAAGCCGACCCAAAGAAGCAGCAAGACUUUCCAAUAUUGAAGGGACACUCUGCUGCACAAGAACAUGCAGAAGAAGCUCUAGAGACCCAUGAAACUGUCAGAAGCAGAAACAAAGUUCUAAAGGAGUUCAAGAUUUACAGAUGGAGCCCCGACCAUCCCGACAACAAGCCUUACCUCAAGUCUUACUUUGUGAACCUCAACAACUGUGGUCCUAUGGUUUUGGAUGCAUUACAGAAGAUAAAAGCAGAGAAUGAUUCAACCCUGAGCUAUAGGAGGUCAUGCAGAGAAGGAAUAUGUGGGUCAUGUGCCAUGAAUAUUGAUGGAACCAACACCGUGGCCUGUCUCAGACCCAUUGAUGCAGACACUUCAACAGCCACAACUAUAACUCCGCUGCCUCAUAUGUUUGUGAUCAAAGAUCUAGUUGUUGAUCUCACUAAUUUCUACCAGCAGUACAAGUUGAUUGAACCAUGGCUGAAGACUAAAAAGCCCCCGGAGGACUGUCGGGUGUACAAGCAAUCGCCUGCAGACUGGAAGAAGCUUGACGGGCUUUAUGAAUGUAUACUUUGUGCUUGUUGUUCUACCUCAUGCCCCUCCUACUGGUGGAAUCCGGAGGAGUUCCUUGGACCAGCGGCUUUGCUCCAUGCUUAUCGAUGGAUAUCAGACAGGUUUAUUUUCUUUUGGUUGUGGAUGAGUUUUUUUGGCAGUCGGGAUCAGUCCACAGAGGAGCGAUUGCAGGCAUUAACAGAGGACCAGAAGAGGCUAUAUAGAUGCAACAUUAUAAAGAAUUGCACUGCCACGUGCCCCAAAAGCCUGAAUCCUGCCGAUGCCAUACAGAAAAUGAAAAUCAAGCAUUUGUUCUCUCAGCCUGUUGAAGUGGUCAGGAGCAUGUAAACUAUACCUCCUGCUUUUAUCCCAUCAGCUCUUUUACCAUGUACAAUUUUCAUUUCCCUUUCUCUUAUGUUGUUAAUUACAUGUAUAUGAAUCUUAAUAGUAUGUCUAAUUAAGAUGCAAAUGUUGCUACAUCA